GGGGCCGACCCUCUCGUACCCGGGCGGCCGCGGGGCAUGCUGGGAGUUGUAGUUCGAUGUUGGUUUAGGGUUUGGGGCGUGGAGGCUCCAAAGUCUAGGUUUGACUUCAGCCUGCCCCUGAUAGAUAGUUCCCGGGCCGCAGGUGACCCGUUAUUGACUGCCGUUAAGGACCGUUACUAUUCUCGGACAUACAAAGAUUGAAUGAACACUAAUGAAGCAUGACCAAGGAAGAGGGAUUAUAGGGAAGAAGCAGGUCCUUUUGGCGUUGGUUUGGUGAACUGCUGAUCGGCCCAGCUUGCCCUACACUCCAGUGAUUCCCUGGCUCCUGGCUUCUAGUCCGUCUGAGCUCCCUCUUUCCUGGGAAGAUGUUCCUGGUGGGCCUGACAGGGGGCAUUGCCUCAGGCAAGAGUUCUGUGAUCCAGGUGUUCCAGCAGCUGGGCUGUGCAGUGAUUGAUGUGGAUGUCAUUGCUCGGCAUGUCGUCCAGCCAGGAUAUCCUGCACACCGGCGCAUUGUGGAGGCCUUUGGCACUGAGGUCUUACUAGAGAAUGGCGAUAUCAAUCGCAAGGUCCUGGGGGACCUGAUCUUCAACCAACCUGACCGGCGACAUUUACUCAAUACCAUCACCCAUCCUGAGAUCCGUAAGGAAAUGAUGAAGGAGACCUUCAAGUACUUCCUUCGUGGAUACCGCUAUGUGAUUCUGGAUAUCCCCCUGCUGUUUGAGACCAAGAAGCUGCUCAAGUACAUGAAGCACACGGUGGUAGUGUACUGUGAUCGAGACACACAACUGGCGCGGCUGAUGAAGAGGAACAACCUGAACCGGGAGGAUGCAGAGGCCCGCAUCAAGGCCCAGCUGCCCCUAAAGGACAAGGCCCGCAUGGCUGACCACGUUCUAGACAACUCGGGCGAGUGGAGCAUCACCAAACGCCAGGUCAUCCUCUUGCAUGCUCAACUGGAGAGCUCCCUGGAGUACUUGCCACUAAGGCUCGGGGUCCUCACAGGUCUGGCUGGAAUUGCCAGCCUCCUCUACCUGUUUACCCGCUACCUUCUGCCUUCCCCCUAGGUGGGCAAACCAAAGCAGGAAGCCCCAGGCCUUUGUCUCCUUGGAGGCCAAAGCUAGAUACCACCUUUUGUCUUCCCCCAGCUUCUUCAACAUACAUACAUGCACCACACACACACAUACACACACACACACACACACACACACACACACUAUGAAUCUUGGCUGGACCACUGCUCUAGGCCAACCUUUCUUUAUAGUGUGUUCUUUCUGAGGCUGAGAAGUAAUCUAUUGUCAAUAGGUAUGCCUUCCCAGCCUCCCCAGUGCCCCUCCCUCCCCUGGCAGCACCUAUAGAACACUACAGAACAAUGUCUGUGAUGGCAAAAAGCAUCAGUUACAUUGGUAUGGACUCCUGUGGGCAGGAGUGGGAGCAGUGUUUUGUGGCCCUCACCAGUGUUUACAGCUGGGAGGCCAAGGAAUCCCUGAGCUUGAACCUUCUCUGAACACCUGCCCCAUCAAAGCCAAUACUUGGUUAGUAGACCAUGGGGAUGCCUUCAGCCUUCCAUCUUCAAACAGGGUUCUCUCCUAGGUUAAAGUGAGGAUUUACUCAUGGGUAAUGCUGUAACCAGGCAGAAGCAGAAGUUCUGGGAGACUCCCCUUCUUAGUGGGUUCUUCCAGUGUUCACCAUCCCUUGCCCACUGCCUCCUACCACUAAGCCUCCUAGCCCUGAACCCUUGGUACUCUACAGCCACCACGCUGUUUCUCACCUCUGUGCCUUUCUCCAGGUGCUGCCUGGCCUGGAAUAUUUUUUCCCCCACUACAGCUGGCUAACAGCUCAGACACCAAGCCCCAGGCUGGGUUAGGUGCUCUGGGAUACCACCCUCUUGUGUUUUUCCUUAAUCAUUGGCAUAGUAAUCAACCAAAAGUUGGUUGGUUUCUUCUAGACUGUACGCCUCUUGUGGGCAGGGUCUGUCUCCUUCAAACCUGUUUUCCUAGUGCAGAGCUGGCUCGCCAUUGGUGCUCAAUAAAGUAUGUUGAUUUGAAAUACCUUGAACCAA